AUGUCGACCUUACCUCCUUUGAGUCGAGACCCAUAUGCUUUGGCAUACAGAUACCACGAAUUCAUGUUGGAAAGACCAAUGCGUCAUCGUGAAGAACUGAACCCAUAUUACUUAAAUUUGCUAGCUAACCAGCCUGAUCCACCAGCGAAGGCGAUGGACCCAAGAUCUCGUGCUAUCAGAUAUGCCAAAGAGCACUACGAAUCAUUCUACGAGAUCAGUCAUAUCGAUCUCAUCGUACAGUUCCUCGAUCGGAAAACGAACUGAUGGAACUGUGAAGAUGCAUGUAGAUUUUGAC